GUUUUCGACAUCCUCUUAAUUUGAGACGGAUGACUCAACAGUGAUUUGUUAGUAUUUUUGGAUCCGUCAUAAUUAUCCAGUUUGAAUUUUUAUGAGACAGAGAGGAUAUAUAUGCGAAGAAUAAAAAAUAAAUAAAGAUGGGAAUAAAUAUUUUUUUCAUGGAGAGUAGGUGUCCAAUAAGAAUAGUUGGAAGGUUGCUUUCAGGGACACAGUAGUAGACAAAAUUCAUUUUAUUGCGUAAAUCAAAUUCGAUUUUAACACUUUUUGCUCUGUUUUUAUUACUUAAUAAAACUCAUCAUCACAGAGCAUUCACUUGAUAAUGGUCAAAUUCAUCCCAAUUCAUUUGUAAUUUUCCAUUUAUCUUCUCUUUCUCUUAAAAUUUGGUUAUGGAUUCUGGGGAAAGGAAGAAGAGAAAGAAGGAUGGCGAUGCAGAAUCAGCAGCAGCAACAGCAUUUGAAGGAGAAGAAGAAGAGAAUGAAGAUGAAAAGAUGGAGAAAUUCUUUGCUUUGAUCAGAAGUACUCGGGAUGUUAAAGAGCGCCUCUCCAACAUGGCCGCCGCCAGACCCACCACCGCCACCGGCAACCACAAUGUGGAUCGAUCAAAAGGGAAGCCGCCGCCGCCGCCGGUUGCCGUUUGGUAUCCGACAUUCCAACCGGAGGAUUUCAUGGAAGAUCGGCCGGAGCCGCCGGAUCAUCUUGUUGAAUCAUCCAGCAACCGAGCUCCUCCUCCUCCUGAUCUUAAUAUCGAUAUUAAUCCAAAUACAACCCAUGAAGGAAAACAAGAAGCAACAACAGAAGCAGCAGGUCCAUCAUCAAGCUACAAAACAGGGGAAUAUCGAGAUGAUGAUGAUGAUGAUAAUCAUGGGUUGGAUCUCAAACUUUCUUUGUAGCAUCCAUCAAAUUAAUUUUAGACCGACCGGCCGGAGAUAGGACUGAAUUUAUCAGAAUCUUUUUUGAGUUUAGUUACUACUACUACUACUACUAAUUGAUUUUUAUGUUCUUUUAAUUUUAAUUCUUAUUAGACCACAACAAUAAACUGUCAACUGUUCAAGUCUCAAGAGAUGAGAAAUCCAAGCGCAUCUAUUUUUGCGAUCUCAAAAUAAGAGUCGUGUUUAUCAAACUGUUUAUCAGAUCGAACACACUAGUGGGGGGAAAACAUACCCUUGAAUAUGGAUUAUGGUGUGUACAACUG